AUGGAGCUGAAUACUUGUAAGACCAGUGAAUCAGAGGAAGACUAUGUUGAGGAAGAGGAAUCUGAGGAGUGUGUUAAAGAGGAAGUUACCAUCCCUUCUAACCAUUCUCAGCAGACACUCUCUAAGGCUGCCUACAAGGCAUUUGAGAAUGGAGUUCCAUUAUCCAUUGUAGCCAAGAAAACUCCAAAGAAAAUCAUAGCCCCAACUGACACAGCUGACUUAGAAGUUGGGAGGAGAAAGAGAAGGCGGAAACGCAGACCCCUGGCCAUCAACCUGACCAACUGCAAGUAUGAAAGUGUGCGUCGGGCAGCCCAAAUGUGUGGCCUGAAGGAGGUGGGGGAGGAUGAAGAGUGGACUGUGUACUGGACGGACUGCUCUGUCUCACUGGAACGAGUCAUGGACAUGAAGAGGUUCCAGAAAAUCAACCACUUUCCUGGCAUGACAGAAAUCUGCCGCAAAGAUCUGCUGGCUCGGAACCUCAACCGCAUGCAGAAACUCUAUCCUACCGAGUACAACAUCUUCCCCCGCACCUGGUGCCUCCCCACAGACUAUGGGGACUUCCAGUCCUAUGGUCGGCAGCGGAAAACCCGCACUUAUAUCUGUAAGCCAGACAGUGGCUGUCAGGGACGUGGCAUCUUCAUAACCCGCAAUCCCCGGGAGAUCAAGCCAGGAGAGCAUAUGAUCUGCCAGCAAUAUAUCUCCAAGCCCUUCCUUAUUGAUGGCUUCAAGUUUGACAUGCGAAUCUACGUCCUGAUCACAUCCUGUGACCCUCUUCGGAUCUUCAUGUAUGGGGAGGGCCUGGCUCGCUUUGCCACCAUGCCCUACGUGGAGCCCAGCCAUAGCAACCUGGAUAAUGUCUGUAUGCACCUGACCAACUAUGCUAUCAACAAACACAAUGAGAAUUUUGUCCGGGAUGAUGCCGUGGGUAGUAAGAGGAAGCUGUCGACACUCAACACCUGGCUGCGAGAGCACAACUAUGACCCCCAGGAGCUGUGGGGGGACAUCGAGGACAUCAUCAUCAAAACUAUCAUCUCAGCCCAUUCUGUUCUUCGCCACAACUACCGAACCUGUUUUCCCCAAUAUCUGAGUGGAGGUACAUGUGCCUGUUUUGAGAUCCUUGGUUUUGACAUCUUGCUGGACCACAAGCUGAAACCCUGGCUGCUGGAGGUAAACCAUUCUCCAAGCUUCACAACGGACUCACACCUCGAUCGAGAGGUGAAAGAUGCACUUCUCUGUGAUGCCAUGACCCUCGUCAACCUCCAGGGCUGUGACAAAAGGAAGGUGUUGGAGGAGGACAAGCGGCGAGUCAAACAGCGGCUUUUCCAAUGCCACCAACAGCCACGAGAAGCCAGGCGAGAACAAAUUGAGUCAUCCCAUGCAGCAAUGCUGGACCAGGAACGAUAUGAGGAUUCCCACCUGGGGGGAUACCGGAGGAUAUACCCUGGGUCUGACACAGAGAAGUAUGCACCCUUCUUCAAGCACAAUGGCUCCCUUUUCCAGGAGACAGCUGCUUCCAAGGCCAGAGAGGAGUGUGCCAGGCAGCAGCUGGAAGAGAUCCGCCUAAAGCAGGAACAGCAGGAGACCUCAGGCACUAAGAGGCGAAAGGAAAACAAGGACCGGAACCAGGGUGAAUCAGCUGGGGAGAAGAGCCGAUUCAGGGCACAUCUCCGGAGCCUUUCCACCCACUUGGCUUACAGGAAUCGGAACAGGGAGAAAGAGCCACUGCCAGUAUACCUGGACACCAUGCAGCCUCAAGAAAUUGUGGAAGAGGAAGAGCUAGAGCGGAUGAAGGCCCUGCUACAAAGGGAGAAUCUCAUCCGAAGCCUGGGUAUUGUAGAGCAGCUCACCCACAUGCUGCACCCCAGCCACCGGGGCCAGAAAAAACUUCAUGAGUGUCGGCCCAAGAACUUCAAUCGGAUAGGAGACCCAGCAGCCAUCGGCCCCUGUUCAUUGUUAAUGAAGAAAUCUGGGAGGCGCUAUUUUUCCAGUGCCAGAGUCAGGCUCCCUACCCAAGGCCAAGCCAGCAGAAGGCUAGAAGCCAUAAACCGAGCCCUGGCAGGAUCAGUGCCACCCACUUUAACCCCAAAGCAGGACUAUCUUCUGCAACCAGAAAGAGUAGCAAAUGACUCAUGGACCGAAUGCAUCUUGCCCUCCAUGGUAAACUCUGAACACAGAGCAGCCAAGGCCCGUGAUCUCACCAUCUGCCGUGCCUCUGCACCCGUGCUGCAGCCUUCCAGUGCACUCUUCAACAUCAGCCAGCACAGGUAA